AUGGGCGCCAACCAGCGCCGGCGUCCCUCGGUCCUACGAAAGGCCAGGGAUCACAGGCAACGCAACCUAAUCUCACAACGCCCCAACUGCCUCGGCCCUUUCACUCCGGGUUAUCAGGACUGCCCUACGAGACCUAAGGUCUUGCAAGGCAGAGCAGUUAAGCCGACCAAAGAAGAACGCUCUUCGAUCAGAAAAGAGGGUCGUGCAGCCUAUAAAACUAAACUCGCAGAGUCCCGUAACGCGCAGGACGUGACGCCAUCGCCAUUGGACCUGAUGGAGGCCGAACCCUCGGCGGCAGACACGUCUCGCUCCCAUCCCCAGAGACCGAAGCGACCAUGGUUCCCUUGGAGGGAUGUAGACAACGCCUCCGAGCUGCCUUGGGAUGGCGACAACUAG